AAAUAUUAAGCAUUUAUUGUGACAAAUAAAAAAAUGUAAUUUUUAAAAUAUUUGAAGUAAAAAAAAUAUGUCAUGAUUUGCUAGGGUGUGGCUACAAUUUAUACCUAAAGAAUAUAUCUCCCGUGUUAUUUUGUGUGCCUUUGCCAGGUUGUCACCAAAACUUGGUAUAGGUUCCUAAGCUUUCAUUUAACACCUGUUUGCGCCUACUGCCACAAGAUUGAAAAUUUAAAAAAAAACAAUGUAUGCUUGCCCAACUGUCGCUGAAAGAUCUACUCUUUUAAAUAUAUACACUUGUUAUGUUUCUUAUGCCACCAGCUGUCGCCAAAACUUGGCGAUUUAUUUGGUAAAACGAAGCCAAUUCAUUUUGUAUAAAUUUCAUUUUCAUUGAAGAAAUACUUAUUUAUUUAACAUUCCAUGAUGGAUUCUGAAGUUGUGAUUACUGGAAUUUCUGGUAGAUUUCCUGAAUCGGACAGUAUUGCUGAAUUCAGUGAUAAUUUAUUUAACAAGGUUGACCUUCUCACUGAAGACAACAGAAGAUGGGAACCUGGUCUUUAUGGUUUACCAAGAAGAAUGGGAAUGCUGAAGGAUAUUACAAAGUUUGAUAACCAAUUUUUUGGAGUGCAUCACAAACAGGCUCAUCAGCUUGAUCCACAAAUCAGAGUUCUUUUAGAAUUGACUCACGAGUCAAUAGUUGAUUCAGGGUAUGAUCCAGAAGAGCUUAGAGGGAAGAAUAUUGGCGUUUUCAUUGGUAACUGUUCUUCUGAAAGUGAUGAAUACUUCACUCGAGAUCCAAAGAAAAUUAAUGGUUACGCUAUGACUGGUUGCUGUAGAGCCAUGUUUGCCAACCGCAUAUCUUACACUUUUGAUUUCAAAGGUCCAAGUUUCUUGAUGGACACUGCAUGUUCAUCUGGCGCAUUAGCCUUAUAUGAAGCUGUCCGUGCUAUGCAAAACAACGAAUGUGAAGCGGCUAUCGUUGGAGGAGCUAACCUAUGUUUAAGGCCUGGAACUGCACUACAGUUUUACAAAUUAAACAUGCUUUCUGAUGAUGGCAUGUGCAAAUCUUUUGAUGCUGCUGGUAAUGGAUACGGAAGGAGUGAAGCGAUUGUUACUCUUUUUCUGCAAAAAUCAAACAUGGCAAGGAGAAAGUAUGCAUCCAUUGUACAUAUCAAAACAAACACUGAUGGAUUUAAAGAUCAAGGUAUUACUUAUCCAUCUGCUGCUGUGCAGAAGCGUUUAAUUCAAGAAGUUUAUGAAGAAUGCAAGUUGGAUCCUCUGAGCAUUUCAUAUGUUGAAGCACACGGCACAGGCACGCCGGUUGGUGAUCCCAUUGAAAUGUCUGCAAUUUCUGAAAUUUUCUGCUCGGGUCGUGGUGAACCUCUUUUGGUUGGAUCUGUGAAGAGUAACAUGGGACAUUCUGAACCUACUUCAGGGCUUUGCAGCAUUGUUAAAGUACUUAUAGCGAUGGAAAAGGGACUUAUACCUCCAAAUUUACAUUUCUACAAUCCUAACCCUAACAUAAAAGCACUUGUUGAUGGUGAAGUUAAAAUUGUGACAGAGCCCACGCCCUGGAGUGGCGGCUAUGCAGCUCUCAGCUGUUUUGGCUUUGGUGGUGUCAAUGUGCAUGCUGUUCUUAAGUCCAAUACACAUCUUUCAGACAAGAUAGAAGAAAGAACAAUUCCUCAAUUAGUUCUUUAUAGUGGACGAACCGAAGAAAGCGUACAAUAUUUAUUCGAUGAAUUGGACAAGAGUGCUGCGCCUGCAGAGUUCUAUGCUCUCCUUCAUAAAAGUGUUUUCACUUCAACAGCAAAACCAUACCGAGGAUAUAAAUUAAUUGUCGAGGAUCAAGUGAUAUCAGAUAUUAAGCAAAUACCUAAUGAAAAGCGACCUGUUUGGUAUAUAUUCUCUGGCAUGGGUACCCAGUGGCCUUGCAUGGCAAAACAACUGAUGAAUUUGGAAGUUUUUGCACACUCGAUUCGGAAAUCUGCUGAAGUCUUAAAACCUUAUGGUUUAGAUCUGAUUGAUCUCGUUACCAAUGGUGUCAAAAACCCAUCAAAUACAAGGAGCAUCAUUCCUGCAUUUGUUUCUAUUGCAGCAGUUCAGGUUGCUCUAGUUGACGUGCUGAAAGUGCUUGGAAUUGAGCCUGAUGGUUUCAUUGGACACAGUGUGGGAGAACUGGGUUGUGCAUAUGCAGAUGGUUGCUUUAAUGCUGAACAAAUGGUUCUUGCUGCUUUCUGGAGAGGCAAAGCUGUUGAGGAAUCUCAUUUGGAACAGGGAGCUAUGGCUGCUCUUGGUGUUACAUGGGAAGAAGCAAAAGAGAGUUGUCCAAAGGGUGUCUAUCCUUCUUGCCAUAAUGCUGAAGAUUCAGUGACAAUAUCUGGACCGAAAAGUAGCGUGAAAGAGUUUGUGGAGAAACUCAAGGCUGAUAAUGUUUUUGCCAGAGAAGUAGAUAGCUGUGGCUAUGCAUUCCACAGUCAGUAUAUAUAUCCUGCAGCUGGAAAGCUUCAAGAAGCCCUCAACAAGGUCAUUCCAAAUCCUAAGCCGAGGUCUAGUCGUUGGGUAAGUUCAUCUUAUCCUGAAAAUGAGUGGUCAGACGCUUCAGCAAAACUCGCUGGUGCUUCCUACUUUGUCCACAACUUGGUAUCCCCUGUGCUUUUCCAUGAAGCUUUACAUUAUGUACCCAAGAAUGCACUUGUCAUUGAGAUAGCUCCGCAUCACCUUCUUCAGGCAAUUUUGAAAAGAGUCAUUGGCCCAGAUGCAGAAUAUAUCGGCUUGAUGAAGCGCAAUACAGACAAUACUCACCACCUACUGUCCAGCAUUGGAAGGCUUUAUAGCAGUGGAUUGAACCCCCAAAUCGAUAGGCUUUAUCCUGCAGUACAGAUGCCAGUCCCAAAGAGCACUCCGAUGAUAUCGCCCCUCAUUAAAUGGGAUCAUUCAGAUAGCUGGUUGGUUGCCAAUUGGGACGACCUCGCUGAUCAAUCCCAAAUGAUUGUGGAAGUCAAUGUUGCAGCAGAGGAAUCCCCAGAUCACUCUUUGUUAAACCAUUGCAUCGAUGGACGCUGCCUCUACCCCGCAACUGGCUACCUAGUUCUAGCUUGGAGAGCACUGGCAGAGUUGAAAGGAAAAGAAAUGACUUCUUUGCCUAUAAAUUUUGAAGAAGUGAAAAUUCACAGAGCCACCGUGCUAACGAAAAAUGGAUCAACAAAAUUCCUUAUUGACAUAACAAGUGCUGGUGGAGACUUUGAAAUUUCUGAGGGAGGAAUGACUGUUUGUACAGGUCGAGUUUAUUCACCCGAAGAACCACUGAGUGUCGAUUACUUAAAACGAUGGAAGAAGGCUCCUUUGCAGCUGAAACAUGGAGACAUUUAUAAGGAACUAAAACUUCGGGGUUAUGACUAUGGACCCACUUUUCAAGGCGUAGCUCAAUCUGAUCUUGAAGGAAAUCAUGGUCUUCUUAAAUGGACUGGAGACUGGAUUGUGUUUUUGGAUACCAUGUUGCAAUUCACCAUAUUAGGAUCACCCAAGAGAGCUCUUUAUCUUCCCACGAGAAUACAAAGCAUAAAAAUUAAUCCCAUUGCACACAACAGCAUUCUAGAAAAAACGCUCGUCGACUUGGAGGGUGUUCCCGUCCUACAUGAGAAGAACACCAGGUGUUGCAUGGCUGGAGGGGUUGAACUCAAAAACUUAAAAGCUACUUUUGCACCAAAGCACCAGGGAAAGCAAAUCCCGAUUCUCGAGGAAUACCGUUUCGUUCCUUACGAUGAGACACAAACUUUAUCAGAAUCGAGCAAGACAACCUUGGAGCAUUACAUCCGAAUAUGCUCGACUGUGGCCAAAUCGAUCCUCGAGAAAUCUGACAAAACCAAACAUCAAAUAUCAGAUUUAAUCAAUGGUUUUAAAGAGAUAGAUGGCUCUGUUGUUUCAAAGUACCUUGAAACUCUCGGUGAUAAUGAAAUUCUAUUGAAGACUCUCAGUGAUAUUAUGAGUGAGGAGGCAACCCAUAGAGACUUUAGCCAGCGUGUAAAAAAUCGCGUUAACGAUUAUUUGUCGGAAAGAGAUGCGGAUAUCCUGUCGGAGACAAUGCUCGGAGAAAAAACAUUGAGGACAUUGCUUGAUAUUGUGUUUGAGAAUACAACUUCCAGGAAGUUAAAAAUAGCUGAGGUUGGAGACAGUCCGAUAGCGCUAACCUCAAAACUUACAGAACUACUACAAACACCUGGCAUGCAACAAGUGAGUUAUGCCAUAGCUCAUAGUAAACCAGACUUGCUAAAAAAAGACACUCUCCCCCAGAACUGUGAUGUAGUGUCGUGGAACACAAAUGCCGCAUUUACAUUCAAAGAUGUCGAUCUGUUUGUUAUGAAAUAUCUAAACUGUCAAAUGAAAGAUCUUAAAAAUGUGCUUGAGAAUGCAGUACUAACUCUCAAAGAUAAUGGUUUCAUUGCAGUGAUACUGAAGACUAAACUAAUUCCGGCUGAGAUGUUUCUUUUGGCUGUUGGUGAGACAGUUGUUCCAGUUCACAGUGAAACUAACUUUGAGCAAAUCUGCAAAGAAUCAAAUUUGAAAAUUGUCUGCAAAAAGUCAGAUUCACUUACCUCCACCUCUUAUUUGCUGAGGAAAGUUCCAGAACUCAGUUUUAAUGAUGUUGUUAUUCCGAUUGUUGAGUGCAGGUAUGAAAAGUGGGUUGAUCAAUUGAAAGAUGAAUUAGUGAAGUCUUCAACAGCAAACGAACCUAGGAGAAUUUGGCUACUUAGUGAAGAAUCCAUGAGCAGUGGACUUGUGGGACUUGUAAAUUGCUUAAGGCAAGAGCCCGGUGGUUCUAGCAUAAGGUGUAUCUUCACAAGCAAAGGUGAUAAGGUGCCUCCUUUCUCUGUGGAUAGUAAAUUUUAUAAUGAUAUAGUACAGAAGGAUCUGACUAUGAACAUAUUUAGAAAAGAAUCUUGGGGGACAUACCGCCAUUUGAAAAUGACUGAAGAUUACAGUAAGAAAGAAACUAGUCAUGCAUACCUGAAUGUUUUAACUCGGGGCGACCUGUCCAGCCUAGUGUGGGUGGAUGCACCGCUGAAAUUUUUCUGCCCUUCAGAAGAACACAGUGUUCUAUGCCAAGUUUAUUAUGCCCCUCUCAAUUUCAGAGACGUCAUGCUUGCAAGUGGAAAGCUACCUCCUGAUGCUAUUCCUGGUGAUCUUGUCUUACAAGACUGCAUACUUGGCUUGGAGUUUUCUGGACGUUUAACAAAUGGAAAACGAGUCAUGGGUCUGGUUCCAGCUAAAGGUUUGGCAACAACUGUGGCUGCCGAUCCAGAUUUCGUAUGGGAUGUACCUGAUGAAUGGACAUUGGAAGAAGCUUCAACAGUUCCUGUAGCUUAUUCAACUGCAUAUUAUGCUCUGGUCAUUAGAGGAAAUCUAAAAGAAGGUGAUAGAGUACUCAUUCAUUCAGGAAGUGGGGGUGUAGGACAGGCAGCCAUUUCCAUUGCUCUCAGCUUUGGGUGUGAAGUUUUCACAACUGUUGGUUCGACUGAAAAGAAAGAAUAUCUGAAAAAACGUUUUACAUCUCUACAGGAUAGAAACUUCUGCAAUUCACGAGACACAUCAUUUGAACAAUAUAUUUUGAAUGCAACAAACGGAGAAGGUGUUGAUGUCAUUCUGAAUUCACUAGCAGACGAAAAGUUGAAAGCAACAUUAAAUUGCCUUGCCCAACAUGGACGUUUUCUAGAAAUAGGAAAAUAUGAUUUAUCAAACAACAGUCCAUUAGGAAUGGCAAUCUUUUUGAAGAACAUAUCAUUCCACGGCAUACUAUUAGAUGCACUGUUUGAGAGUACUGGUUAUAGCGGUCGUGUGAAGAAACAAGUUGUCCAACUAGUAAAGGAUGGUAUUGCUGACGGAACGGUGAAACCUCUCAACUCAAUUCUUUACAAUCACGAGGAAGCAGAACAGGCAUUCCGAUUCAUGGCCAGUGGUAAACACAUAGGAAAAGUUGUCUUAAAAAUAAGAGAAGAAGAAUUAGAGAAACAAGCAAUUCCUACAUCUGUUAAAUUAACAGCAUUAAAUCGAACAAUGUGCAACCCUAAGAAAUCAUAUGUUAUUAUUGGUGGAUUAGGAGGUUUUGGCUUAGAACUCAGCCAGUGGUUAGUUGAAAGAGGAGCACGCACUAUAAUUUUAACAUCAAGAUCUGGUGUGAAAACUGGUUACCAACAAUUAUGCGUGCAGAGAUGGAAACAGGACGGCGUGAACAUAGUAGUAUCAAAACUGAAUGUUGCCAACCAAAAAGAAACACAAUCAUUGCUGAAGAUGGCAGCUGAACACGGUGUAGUUGGUGGAAUUUUCAAUUUAGCUUUGGUAUUAAGGGAUGCAUUUAUGGAAAAUCAAACAGUAAAAAAUUUCGUAGAAGUGGGUGAAUCAAAGAUCCAAUCCACUCUGAACCUAGACCAAAUAUCCCGUAAACUGUGCCCCGAAUUGGAAUGGUUUGUUUGUUUCUCAUCAGUCAGUUGUGGUCGAGGCAAUGCUGGGCAGAGUAACUAUGGAUUUGCCAAUUCUGCUAUGGAGAGAAUAUGUGAGGAGCGCUGCAAACAAGGAUUACCUGGUCUUGCCAUACAGUGGGGUGCCAUUGGUGAUGUGGGUGUCAUUCAAGAUACAGUUGGUUCUGAUGUUGUGAUUGGAGGCACCGUCCCUCAACGAAUUCACUCCUGCCUCUCUGUUUUGGACAAAUUUUUGCAGCAGUCGCAUCCAGUCGUUUCCAGCUUUGUACCCUAUCAACCAUCCGAAACCACCUCACAGAAAUCAUCAAAGCACAACGUACUCUCGACAGUGGCUAACAUAUUUGGUAUCAAGGACAUGUCCUCAAUUAAUCCUGAACAAUCACUCGGUGAGCUCGGAAUGGAUUCUCUGAUGGGGGUAGAAGUGAAGCAGUUCCUCGAGCGAGAUUUCGAUCUCGUCCUCACCGUGCCCGAGCUUAGACAGUUGAAGAUCAAAGACUUGAAAGAGUUGGAAGGAGGUGCAGACAGCUCAGAAACUCAGAAACCCACCGAGAAAACAACUGCCGAUGAUGAUUUUAAUGCUUUCUUGCAAUUCUCCUGGGACGUUAAGAAGCAGCUCGUUCCAUCUUCGACCAUAGUUCCACUGAAUUCAGUCAAAAGUGGAGUUCCAUUGAUAGUCAUUCAUCCAAUUGAAGGUACGACAGACAUGCUGAAAUCUUUGUCGAAAAACCUGAAAUGCCCUGUUUAUGGUGUUCAGUGCACUCCGGAAGCUCCGUCCGAUUGCAUCGAAAAUUUGGCGGCUUGGUACUGGAAGAAAAUUGAUGCAGCAAAGGUCGGUAAAACCAUCAACCUUGCCGGAUACUCUUUUGGUGCCUCCGUCGCUUUCGAGAUGGCGGUUCAGGCAGAACGUAAUGGUAAGCAGCUGCACCCUAAAGUUCUAAGUGUGACCAUGCUUGAUGGAUCUCCUGCACUAGUGACAACCUAUACGAAAGACCACAAAGCUCGUUUCCUAGAAAAUGCUGAGACCAUGGGAGAAGCACAAGCACUCUGCUCUUUUGCAUUACAAUUUAUUGAUAUUAAGAUAAGUGAGCUUAAAGAUGAGUUAGUGAAACUUCCCAGCUUCACUGAGCGUGUACAAAAUGUAGCGCUGAAAAUCUCAGCCGCACACCCUAGUCUAAAAGUGGAAGAACUCAUGACAGCAUUUGAUCUCUACUACAAGAAGUUGGUCUUGUCACUGCAAUACACUCCUCAAUACAGGUUGAACAGGGACAUUACUCUCAUCAAAGCUGCAGACAGUGUCAAUUUGACUAAAACAUUCUCAGACGCCUAUGAUCUCGAAAAAGUUUGUGAUGGAAAAAUAUCUGUUCAUGCGAUAAAAGGAACACAUCAAACUUUUAUUGAAACGAGGGAAAUUUCAGACUUGUUGAGCAAAACGUUUAACAGUGGAGAUUGAGCUUUUAAAAGAGACUGAAUUCUUUGUAUUUUAAAUAUUUUUUAAAAAAAAUGCAGCUUAUUUAAAUCCCUGAAAUGUUUGCGGGACAAAUUAAUUUCAUGCAUUUGUUUUCUUCUGUAACAAAUUUGUAUUAUAGUUUUCAAAUCAUUGUUAUGUUUUUUCGUUAUUACAAAAGAUUCCCAUUAUAAAUAAGAUGUAUUUAUAAUUUGUACAGACUUGAAAGUGUGUUGUAUUUUUAUUAUUUCUCUAAUUUCUAUGAAUAAAGUGUUAUUUUUAAAAUUG